CGACAAAUCAACAUCCGGGGCUUUUUAAUUUCGCGCGUCCAGGUUCUUGGCGAGAAAAUGGCUGAAACAAUCAAAAAGAAAGUGACCGAAUUACGCGUUAUAGAUCUUCGUGCUGAACUUGAAAAGCGAGGCCAGGAGAAAGCAGGGAUCAAAGCAGUUCUGAUCGAAAGAUUACAGAAGGCAAUAGAAGGAGAAGGUGGUGAUCCAGAGUAUAUUUCACUUGAAAAACAAACAACCCCUGGUAAGAGGACUCCAAUAAGAAAGGGAAGAGGAAAAUCACUGGAAAAGGAUGGAGAUGAGGUGUUAGACGAUAGCCAGACAGAGGAGGAUGCAGAAGAGCCGAUGGAAGUUGAAGAGAGUGAGACUGCUAAUGCUAAAGAUGAGAAAAAUGGAGACGAAAAAGAAGAAAAGGAUGAAAAAGUCACCAAGGAGGAUGAUAAAGAAGACAACAAAACUGAAGAUGCUGUAGAAAUGGAGACUGAGUCAAAGACAGAGAAAGAGAAAGAAGUAAAUGGGGAAGAUAAGGAUGUAGCCGAAGAUGAAGAAGACCUGAAUGAUGUGAUUAAUAUAAAUGUUGAUGAAGAUCAACUGCUAUUAAUAGAAGACGAAGUUGAAGGCAGUAGUGAUGAGAAAGUUAGUAGUAGCCAAGAUACACCAACUAAAGAUGAUGGGGAUGCUGCUGCUACUGUUCCUGAACCACCAACGCCAGGCUCUGCUCCAGUAAUUGCACCCUUAACAAAGGAAGAUACUAUUAAAAUGGAUACAUCUGCCAUAGCUAAAUCUGAUGAUAACGUCUCGCUGGUUGUGCAUGCUGAUGACCAGUCAAUUAUGGAGUUGGAUUCUGACCUCCAGGAAAACCAGAAAAAACCUGCUGAGAAACUGGAGGCUGAAAAAAGUCCUAAGAAAGAGGACACAGAGACUAAAACUGAGCUAGCUGAGGAUGAAAAGAAACCAGAUGAUGUAGAACAAACCGCAGAGAGUACAGAGGAUAAAAAAGACGAGACAAAAAAAGAAGAUAUGGUUGAUAAAAAUGCAGAUGACGCGGCUGAGUCGACAAAAGAUAGCAGCACUCCUACAAAGAAAAGCCCUUCGUCAACAUCCUCUAGUGCCAGGACCAAGAGUACUUCUACCUCCAAAGAUACUGGAAAGUCAACUGCUAAAGAUGAAAAAGAUCGUCGUGGUUCUUCAUCUCGUAGUGCUUCUGCAAGUAGUGGUAAAAAUCUAUGGGUCAGUAACCUGUCGUCAACUACAAAAGCAACUGAUCUGAAGUCUGCUUUCAGUAAAUAUGGCAAAGUUAUUGGAGCUAAAAUUGUGACCAAUGCCCACAGUCCAGGAGCCCGAUGUUAUGGUUUUGUAACCAUGUCAAGUCACGCUGAAGCCAACAAAGCAUUCCAUCAUCUUCAUAGAACUGAACUUCAUGGACGCAUUAUAUAUGUUGAAUGGGCAAAGACUGAUCCAGCUGCAAGUUCUCGUAAACCAACUGAUAAAAAAGACACUCCUUCAAAGACUUCUGAUGCAAAGAAACCUGAAACUGCUAAAACCACUACUGCUGCUAAGACCUCACCCAAGAAGGAUGUGGCCUCUGACGGUAGCACUGCUACCAAAAAAGAAGGUGAUAAAUCGUCUACUACCACUGCCAAAAAAGAUGACAAAACCGAGAAAAAGGUGGAUGAAAAGAAAGGCUCUUCUAAGCCAAAUGAGAAAGAUGCAUCUGGAGCUUCUGGCAAGGGAAGAACAGUUGUUAUGGAUAAGAGCAAAGGUGAACCUGUUGUAAGCCUAAAGCCAAAAAAGGAUGGCAAGCCGUCAACUCAUUCUGAGCACGAAAAAAGAAAGAGUUCUACACCUUCUCAGAAGUCAGAAAAGGAAAUAUUAUCAUUUCAUCAGAUCAAAGAGAUGAGAGAAAAAGAAAGAAAACGACAGAUGGAAAGAGAAAUGAGGGAAAUCGAAAGGCGGCGUGAGAAACAAAGACAAGAACAGGUUCGAAUUGAUAGAGAUAUUCUUCGAAGAAAGCAGCGCGAGGAAGCUGAUAAGAUUCGCCGAGAAAGAGAAAUGUUGGCACGAGAACGGGACAGACUUGAGAAAGAGCGUGCAGAAAGAGAACGCCUUGAACAAGAACGAAUGAGGUUGCAGCGUGAGCGAAUCAGAGAACAAGAGCGAUUGGAAAGAGAAAGAGAAGAGCAACGUAGACUAGAAGCACAGAUACGUUUAGACCAAGAGCGCCGUGCUGGGUUGAAACGGUCAUUUGAAAAUCGGAAUUUACCAACACGUGACAAUGAUCCAUAUUUCACUGAUGCUAAACGUGUGUCAUUAGGUUAUGAAUCAACAGAUGUCUCUCGCCCAGAUCAAAAUAGAUACAGUGACUUUGACUUUCGUGAUCGUGGAACACAACUGGCUGAUAAUGAUCGUGGAACAGAUUCCUUUGAGAGACGUGUAGAGAGAUAUGAUCGGCGAGAUGGUCGUUCUCUAGAUACUUCUGAUACUGGUAACAGGUUUAGCUACACGGACACUUCUACAAAUGUUAGAAGACAAGAUUCAGGUAGCUUCCGCACUGAUAAUACAAGAAGAGAUGAUGUUGUUAGAAGAGAUGAACCAGGACGCCGAGAUUCAGCUGGAACUCGAAGAGAAGCACCUGUAAGAAGAGACCCUUAUAGGAAAAGUGAUCCUGUCCAGCGAAGUGUUCCAGUAAAGAGAGUUGACCAACGUCGAGAUUAUGGCAUGAGAAAACCUGAACCAGUAUCACAAAGAAGAGAUUCUUUGAAAAGUAGUAGAGAAACCGGUGACCGUAGAAUUGUAACUUCUAAAAGUGAUAUCGGUUCUCGUGGAAGACAGUCUACUGGUAUGAGAGAUGACAGAGCAGUCGUCAGACAUCCUACUGAUAGAGACCGUGGAAGGGUUGACACCUUGCCUGACAGAUCGCGUGAUAGAGGUCAUCAGACAUUGAGAGACAGCAGACAGACGACACAAUCUUCAGGAAUGGUUCGGAGAAUGGAUUCUUCGUCAAGAGGUGUUGUGUCUGGAAGUCGUGGAAGCCCAGACUGGAAAACUGAUCGUGGAGCCGUUUCUGGAGGCCGUUCUGAAUGGAAACCUGAUCGUGGGAUUUCAAGUCAAGACAGACGUAGUGAUGUUCGAAGCACAGACAGACGUGAUCGACCUUCCGACUCUGGGCGACGUGGUGGAGAUUCCUCUUACGAAUCUAGGCAACAACAGACUGGUCAUUUCUCGGAUGUUCGUCGUGAUCACAUAUCAGAUUCAUGGCAGUCGCGUGGUGGUAUACAAGAUGACCGAAGUUUAGGGCGAAGUGAAACAAGAGGUCAUGGUAAUCAGAAUUUUGGUCCUGGGUUGCUCGGUGCACCUCCCCCAGUGGGUGAAGAACCACAGCAGUGGCCGCAAGGAGGUCUGGAAAAUCCCACUGUCAACAGACAUGGUGAAAGAUGGCCAGGGUCAUCUAGUGCAGAGCUACUGUUAUUAACGAAGUCAUCAAACUGGACGCCUGAGACAGACAGGAAAUAUCAACCAAACCAAGAUGGUGCACUGUCUUAUGAUGUCCGCAAAAAUGGUUUCGAGUAUCCCAAGGACAGGCACCAGCUGCAGACUACCUCAGCACCAGUUAUGAGAGGAUCUUUGCGGAUCGCCAGAGGAAGAGGCUUGACCAAACCACCAAGAGGACCCUAUGGAAGAGGCAACCUGGGAAGAGGCAGAGUUGUAUCAUCUCGAGGCAGGAAGCUGGGCAGAUAGUUCAAAAUUGUUUUCUGUACUACUGCUUGAAAAGAAAUUCAGCUGAACCUACACAUGUAUGACAUUUACGGUGAUGGAUAGUGGUGCUGUCGUUAUUAAAAUGGGAUAAGACUAAUGUUAAUUGUGUUGGAUUGGCCCAGUUAAUUGUUAUUGUUUUGCUCGUCAGAAACAGUGACACCAUCCGAGCUAAGCAUUGCAAUGAAUGCAUGUUAAUUGUGUGGUACGUUCAGAACAACUGUUUACAUUUCUGUUCAUGAGGUUUGUUUUUUUCUAAUUCAAUUGUUCUUUCUCUAAUUCAAUUGUUCUCUUUCCCCCCAAAAUAUGAAAUCUGACCUUUUUGUCUGUGAAAACUUAGUUGUUUCGAACACGAAGUUGGGAGGACCAAUUUUAUAGUCAGACAAUGAUGUUGCUUUAUUUUCAUGCAGCAUCUAAUGUCCUUUAAAAAUACCAACAUUUGUUGCACAAGCAUAAUUUGUUUGACUUUAAAAAAAAAAACUGUUUAGUAAAAUGAAUUUGUUGUAUAUUAGUUAUUGGGGCAAUGCACAACACGCGUCUUGACUGCAACAGUCUGUACCCUUGUUUUUAUGAAUUUUUUUUAUUCCAAAGUAACUCCAUAAAGAUCUUGUCUUGGUAUUUAUUUCACACUUACACAAGUUUCUUGUAAAGAAUAGUUUCGGCCUUGAUUGAAGACUAAAAAUUGUACAAGAAUCAUGUUAAAUUUGAUUUAAAAAUUCUAACUUUUUAUGUUGAACAGUUUUUACAAUGGCGUGUACACAGAAAGUAGCUAAAGGAGAGCUUAGUUGUAUUUUGAGGUUGCAUGUGCUCAUAAACUACUGACAAGUUUUCUGUAUUUUAUUCAAAUAAACCAAGUUUUCAUGCUUUA